UAAAAAGAAGUCUAACUUAGUUUAAAUAAGGCUGUCAAGCGAAGCAGUAGUGAAAUCUUAAGUUUGUAACAAUGAUUACAUUCAUAACAGUGAUAGCAUUUUGUGUGAUUCUAUCGGGGGUUGUAUCAGAUCCCCAACUUUGCGUUGAUCAAAAAAGUGUCGAACUGGUGAACAGGACUUACAACGGCAUCACAUUUGGGGACGAUGAAGUUAUAAUGAGUAACACAACUGGAGAGGAGAGAGGAUGUGUGUGUCUCAAGGGAAUUUGUGCCAGGAAAUGUUGCCCAUUCGGAUGGGUCUACAAUGAGCCUAUAACGGAAUGUGUUCCAAGUUCUUAUGUUUUCGAUCCCCCCGUCGGGAAACAGAAAUCUGGAAUAAUAGAAGGAUUCAACGCAACAAAAGAGUUUAUUUUUAUGGUUGGUAGAAUGAACUGUACUGGAGAGAAUGAAGGCAGAAUACAUGUGGUACAACUUUUCAAAGCAAUGUUUUUACUAAAUGAUGGCAAGCUCUACAUUGAAAAUCAUUCUCAAACACCUGGUGUGAUCAUCUACGAACCGGAUAAGUACUGCAUUGAUACAUUCCUCAAAAACGAUGGAACAGCUCACCUGGACGCCUUGAUUUGCUUCAAAUCGAAACCAGAUCCAAAAAACUAUGAAACUAAAAGUAGUUGUAUGCUGAUCUCGUGUUUCUUCAUCCUUCUGACCGUGGCAGUAUAUGCGUGGAUACCAGAGCUCCGCAAUCUCCCUGGCAUGGUGCUCAUGGCAUACCUCCUCAGCCUCUUCGUGGGCUUUCUGCUUCUGGCAACAAUGCAGAUCUUGAUAAUGACCAACGAAAUCACUCAGAAUAUUUGCCUCGUUUGCACGUUCAUCGUGUACUUCUCCCUGCUCUCUGCAUUCUUCUGGUUGAACGUUAUGUGCUACGAUAUUUGGUGGACUUUCAGUCGUACAUGCGGUAAGAACAACCAAGUACGACCAGAAAAACCUCAUAAACGGUUCAAAUACUAUUCAUUAUACGCGUUUGGUGUGCCAACUGCGCUCACCAUCCUAUUGGCAACCUUGGAGUUCUCCGAGUCUCUUCCAAAGUUGCACCCCCUGCUGCCAAUGAUUAGGGUACAAGGCUGUUUCUUAUACGGUAACAGCAAAUUGAUUUACUUGUACUUGCCCAUUGUGAUUCUCUGUGUGGCAAACACGACAUUCUUCGUGCUGACGGCUUUCAAGAUAGCGAAGAUGAAUCGAGAGACACAAGUGCUGCUGGGUAGAGAGAGCUGCGCCAAUGACCAGCGAAGAAAAGACACACAAAGGUUCACUAUUUACAUCAAGUUGUUCAUAUUGAUGGGGAUCAACUGGAUCCUGGAAGUGGUCAGUUCCUUCUACCCUGAUGCUGACAUCUUCUGGCAAUUUUUUGAUGCCUACAACGUCCUGGUCGGCCUCAUCAUCUUCAUCAUGUUUGUAUGUAAGAAGAAGACUUGGAAAAUGAUCAAGAAGAGGUUUGCACAGGUGAAAGGCGACCAGCUGCACACAACACAGACGACUAAUGGCGGAUUUUAAUCACAAUGAAGAUUUUUCAGUAUUUUCCAUAAGCCUUAGCCGUAGGAUAAAGGCCGUCAACGCACUUGCCAAUUCUCUGGUGUUGCGGACAAAAAUAUAUUGACUGCUUACCAUCAGCUCAUCUCUUCUUUGCUUCUUAUUAAAUAAAAAGUUACGAGGAAAGAUUCUUCUAUACCUCCAUGUAAUUUCAGCGUACACCUACUAUUUGCGGUGCAAAGUUUUUGCAAGAGGUCAGACGGAAAAGACUGAUGUUGUACCUACUUAACUUUAUUGUCUUAGCAUUUACUCGUAAUAAACAAGUUAUUAUUU